GAUUUCAUAAAAAUGAACCCCCUUUUCAGUGUUACAGUACGUAAAGAUUGCUCAAGAAUCCUUGUAACUCUGUGUUGGUUUUUUUUUUUCCCUUCAUUAAGAAAUCUCAAAGUAUUUAUUUCCCUUCCAUAUGAAAAAUUGAAGAGGCUAAGAAAGACACACGACCAUACAGAAUACUCAUUUUAACUGCUUGGAUGACAAAUCCAUUGAAAUGAACUGGCAAAUGCUGCCAAGGGUACAAGAACUCAAACUAUUUCUGAAUGGAGUGUGAAUGCUGCAGGGGGGGAAGCCAUUAUUAAACGGCAUUUUCUGUUUCAAAAAAAGAAAGGAAAAAUGAAAGAAAUACCCCAUUCCCAGGAGAGUCCCUGGUGCUGGCCAAUCAGAAAUUAUCCUACCUCAUGUCACCAGCCCCUUGCAUUUAUAUCUUUUAGGGUGACAUACUAUUGGUUGCUAGUUAGGCUCUAUGGGAGGGAUUAGUGGCACUCUUUGUGGCUUCCCCUUUAGGUCCUUAUUUGGUAGCUGUUGAUAGAGCAAGUCUUUCCAGCAGCUGAGCAUCUUGACAUACAUUAUUCAUUAAGUCCUGGUGUUCAGGAAAUAUGCAUAUCCCUAGCUCUUCUGAUAUUUCUUCAACUCAUUCAAUAUGUCUCUUCAACAUUGCCUGUGAGUGCUUGGAAUUUUACAAAUGGCAUUUUUACAAUCAGAAGACUACACAGUUGGAUUUCAUUUCAGAGUGCCUCCUGUGCACACAGUUGCUGAGAACCUGAAGAUCAGCAAAAAGAAUUAGGAGAGAAGGCAUCUUUCUUCUUGAAAGUCUUUUGCGGUAUCAGAUAGCAAAGAACUGAACAGCUUAGAUUUGGUAGUAUAGAAAAAAAAAAUCAAAAAUGCCUGAGGCAAACUAUUUACUCUCAGUUUCUUGGGGCUACAUAAAGUUUAAACGUAUGCUCAACCGGGAGCUUACUCACCUGUCUGAAAUGAGCAGAUCAGGCAACCAGGUCUCGGAAUACAUAUCGAACACAUUUUUAGAUAAACAACAUGAAGUUGAAAUCCCUUCUCCGACACAAAAAGAGAAAGAGAAAAAGAAGAGACCAAUGUCUCAGAUCAGUGGAGUCAAAAAACUGAUGCACAGCUCCAGUUUAACCAAUUCCAGUAUUCCCAGGUUUGGAGUUAAAACAGACCAAGAAGAUGUUCUUGCCAAGGAACUAGAAGAUGUGAACAAAUGGGGCCUUCAGGUUUUCAGGGUAGCAGAGCUAUCUGGAAACAGACCUUUGACAGUCAUCAUGCACACCGUUUUUCAGGAACGAGAUCUGUUAAAAACAUUUAAAAUUCCAGUGGAUACUUUAAUAACUUACCUGAUGACCCUAGAAGACCACUACCAUGCAGAUGUAGCAUAUCACAAUAACAUACAUGCUGCAGAUGUUGUUCAGUCAACCCAUGUUCUGCUGUCAACCCCAGCAUUGGAGGCUGUGUUCACUGAUUUGGAGAUUCUUGCAGCAAUUUUUGCCAGUGCAAUACAUGAUGUAGAUCAUCCUGGGGUUUCAAACCAGUUUCUUAUCAACACAAAUUCUGAACUUGCUUUGAUGUACAAUGACUCAUCAGUACUGGAGAAUCAUCACUUAGCUGUGGGUUUCAAGCUGCUCCAGGAAGAAAAUUGUGACAUUUUCCAGAAUUUGACCAAAAAACAGAGGCAGUCAUUAAGGAAAAUGGUCAUUGACAUUGUCCUUGCUACAGACAUGUCUAAGCAUAUGAAUCUUUUGGCUGAUUUAAAAACUAUGGUUGAAACCAAAAAAGUGACAAGUUCUGGUGUCCUACUUCUUGAUAACUAUUCAGAUAGGAUUCAGGUUCUUCAGAAUAUGGUGCACUGUGCAGAUCUCAGCAAUCCAACUAAGCCACUCCAUCUCUACCGCCAAUGGACAGACAGAAUAAUGGAGGAAUUCUUCCGCCAAGGAGAUCGGGAAAGAGAGAGAGGAAUGGAGAUAAGUCCCAUGUGUGAUAAGCACAAUGCAUCUGUAGAAAAAUCACAGGUGGGCUUUAUUGACUACAUUGUUCAUCCUCUGUGGGAGACAUGGGCAGAUCUUGUUCACCCGGAUGCCCAGGAUAUCUUAGAUACACUGGAGGACAACCGAGAAUGGUACCAGAGCACAAUUCCUCAGAGUCCCUCUCCUGCACCUGAAGACCAGGAGGAGGGUAGGAGACAGGGCCAGACUGAAAAAUUCCAGUUUGAACUAACACUGGAGGAAGAUGGUGAGUCAGACACUGAAAAGGACAGUGGAAGUCAAGUAGAAGAAGACACCAGCUGCAGUGACUCAAAGACCCUUUGCACCCAGGAUUCAGAAUCUACUGAAAUUCCUCUUGAUGAGCAAGUAGGGGAAGAAGUAGAAGAGGAGGAGAAUCAGACAGAAGCUUGUGUAGUAGACCAUUCUUCUGACACGUAACGAUGAGGACAUAGCUUGUUUCUUUCUUGCCCUCUCCCUUUUUCUUUCUCUUUCUCUCUCUCUUUUUUGUGGUUUUUUGUUUGUUUGUU